AAAAACAAAAAACCACACACUAGUCAUUUAAAGACAAAAUGGCGUUUGCGAUAUCAAACCGAAACGCAGUCGCGUUUCUUGUGACGCUACUUUUAGUUUCCGUCACACCAUCUUCGUCCACACUACAACAAGAUUUCAUACAUUGCCUCGUCGACAACUCCGACAUGGCGUUCCCUAUAAGGGCGUCGUUUUUCUCACCCGACCAAAACGCUACUUUGUUUAAAGAAGAGCUUGAAUCGUCGGCACAAAAUCUCCGUUACUUGACGCCGUCAAACCCGAAGCCUGUGUUCAUAUUCGAGCCUUUGUACGAGACACACGUCCAAGCAGCCGUCGUGUGUGCCAAGAAGCUCCAGCUUCACAUGCGCCUACGUAGCGGUGGCCACGACUACGAAGGGCUUUCGUUCGUCGCUGAGAACGUAACGCCUUUUGUGAUCGUUGAUCUAUCGAAGCUUCGACAGAUCGACGUCGAUUUGGACAGUAACAGCGCGUGGGCUCACGCGGGUGCCACUGUCGGAGAGGUUUAUUACAGGAUCCAUGAGAAAAGCCAAACCCAUGGUUUUCCCGCGGGAUUAUGCUCCAGCCUUGGCAUAGGCGGCCACUUAGUCGGCGGAGCGUACGGUUCCAUGAUGCGUAAGUUCGGUCUCGGCGCCGACAACGUCCUCGACGCGAGAAUCAUCGACGCAAACGGCAAGAUCCUUGAUCGUGCAGCGAUGGGAGAGGACGUCUUCUGGGCUAUUCGCGGCGCUGGAGGCGGAAGCUUCGGCGUGAUCCUUGCAUGGAAGAUCAAGCUCGUUCCUGUUCCAGCUACUGUGACGGUGUUCACAGUCACGAAGACGCUUGAGCAAGAUGGGACAAGAGUUUUGUACAAAUGGCAACAAGUUGCGGACAAACUUGAUGAGGAUCUUUUCAUUCGUGUGAUUAUUCAGCCAGCGGGCAAAACCACCAAAACCGGAAACCGUACUAUCUCUACUUCGUACCAAGGACAGUUUCUUGGUGACUCAAACCGGCUAAUGCAGGUGAUGCAGAAGAGUUUCCCUGAGCUAGGACUAACCAACAAAGACUGCAUCGAAAUGAGCUGGAUCAAAUCAGUAAUGUACAUAGCCGGCUUCCCAAACAGCGCAGCACCAGAAGCUCUACUCGACGGAAAAUCACUCUUCAAGAACCACUUCAAGGCCAAAUCAGACUUUGUCGAAGAGCCAAUCCCCGUAGAAGGCUUAGAAGGACUAUGGAAGAAGCUUCUAAAAGAGGACUCACCGUUAACAAUAUGGAACCCUUACGGUGGCAUGAUGUCGAGGAUCUCUGAGUCAGAGACACCAUUCCCUCACAGGAACGGGACGUUGUUCAAGAUUCAGUGGCUAUCUACGUGGUCAGAUGGGAAGGCCAGUGAGGCGAGGCAUAUGGAGUGGAUAAGGGAUAUGUAUAGUUACAUGGAGCAGUUUGCGUCGAAGAAGCCGAGACGUGCGUAUGUGAAUUACAGGGAUCUUGAUUUGGGGGUGAAUGAGGGAGAGGGUGAUGCUAGAGAGUGGGGGGUAAAGUAUUUUAAGGGGAAUUUUGAGAGGUUGGUUAAGAUUAAGGGUGAGUUUGAUCCUGAGAAUUUCUUCAGGCAUGAGCAGAGUAUUCCGACAAAGAUUGGUUGAUGGAGUUGGAAGUCGUUGACUUUUAAAGUUCAGUAAAAUAAAAUAAAAAUGAUUAUAUAGAAAUGUUGUGGCUUUGGGUUUUGGCGUUGAAUGUAUUUGUGGUUUUUUUUGUCUUGUUAUAUUUUACUUAUGGUGAUCUGGUUUGGCUUUGUUUGAGAAUUAACUUUUGUUUUUGAAUUAAUAUAAUGUAUGCUUAAGAUUCUGAAUUCAAACCUUCUAAAUUUCG